CUUUUGGAGUCUACCCCCCAAACUGUGAACAUUCAGCCACUCUCCAUCUUCCUCCACGAGCAACUUCUCCCUUCGUGAUACCUCGCCAUGUCAACUCAAGCCCACGUCGAACCCUCCCGUGUGCUCUUUCUUGAAAACUUGGCCCCUCAAGCAACGGACGCCGACAUCGAACAAGCCCUUGAACGUUACGGCGACGUCGACAAAGUCAUUAUCCUCCGUAAGAAACACAUCCAAAGCUCCCCUUCCGACCCCUCCAAGAACACCCAAAAUGCCCUCGUCCAAAUGUCCAACUUGGACGACGCCAUCGCCGCCCAUGACGCUGGAAACGACCAACCUGUGCUCCUUCAGGGACUUCCCGUGUCGAUCUCGUACUCGAAGAACCAAGAGCUGCGAGGCCAAAGCAAUGCUCCCUCGCAACCCUCUCCUGCUCCUGCCCAGCAACGCGCGACGACUUCGACCAAGCGCAACACGCGCGAACAUGCCGACGACGGACAGAACCGCAUCUUGUUGGUGACUGUGCAAAACCCGUUGUACCCCAUUACCACGGACUUGAUCGGCAAAGUUUUCAACGUGUACGGUCAAGUGGAGAAAGUCGUCAUCUUCAUGAAGCCCGUCGGCUUGCAAUGCUUGGUGCAAUUCGUGCACGUUCCCGACGCCGUCACGGCCAAGAGCAAGCUCGACAGCGAAGCCAUCUACCCCGACUGCUGCUUUAUGGUGAUCAGCUACUCCAACCUUUCCGAGUUGUCGGUCAAGGAAAACAGCCUCAAGACCCGCGACUUCACCAAUCCCAACUUGCCCGUGCCUGUGAUGGACACUGCCAUCAACGCCCCGCAGUCGACCAUUUCGUUGCCGUUGAGCCCUCCCAACGGCGACGCCGCGUCGCCCUCGACGGCUCAAAAGUUGCAUGGCGCCGGGGAUGGCCACGACGCGUACUCGCCCGUGCUGCUCGUGUGCAACUUGAAGGAAACGGUGUCGUGCGAUAAGUUGUUCAACUUGUUUUCGUGCUACGGCAACAUCACGCGUGUCAAGAAGCUGCAUUCCAAGCCGGACCAUGCAUUGAUCCAAUUCGUGAACGAAACGUCGUCCGGGUCUGCGCUCACGCACCUUCGCGGGUUUGUGCUGGAGGGCCGAUCGCUUGAAAUCCGUUUCUCCAAGCACCGAUACAUUGCCGGUCCCCGCGCCGGCGGCGCAGAAGUCGAAGAAGAAGAUGAACAUGCCACGGCCAAGGAGUACGCGCUCGCUGCGAACCGGUUCACGGGCAAGUACGCCAACUACACCAAGCAUAUUUACAGCCCCACGAAAGUGAUCCACAUUUCCAAUCUCGUGGAAGAGUUUGACCAAGCGGAACUGACGGAACAUUUGCGGGAAUUUGGACGUGUGGACCGCGUCAAGUUGAGAGUAUUUGAAAACGCCAAGGGCCAUCCGCAAUUGUUGGCCGAGUUUCCCACUAUCGAAAAUGCCACCAACUUGCUGGCUGGCGCGCACAACUCGGAGUUUGCGGGCAAGAAGUUGAAGGUGGCGUUCUCCCGCAACAAUGCCAACUAAGUGUGCAAUACAUUUUUCCACGUGGUUUACAUCAUCCAAUCUCUCAGCUUGCGGCCGGCCUGGGGCACGAACUAUAGAUUCAAAGACAUUUCAUCAGAGGAUCACGCUGCGAUGUUAAGUUGGUAGAGAAGCACAUACUGUAUAGCCACUUUGUAGUGGCUGCUAUACCCUGGGAUAUAUAUACCCCGCCUGCGUAUCAUGGA